AAUAGUGAAAAAAUGUAAUCUACUUCUUAGUAAUAUAAUAUGUUGGCAUCUAGGCUGCAAUUAUGCUUUUUAUAACAACAAAAAGAUGGUAACUUCUUAAAGCCACUUUGAUAUAUCAACAAUAUAAAUUGGAAAAGGAAUUUGUGUCAAGACCAGAAAGACAUCUUCUUAAAGCUCGUAAAACUUGUCUUAUAGGAGAGUUUCUGGGAAAGCAAAUUUCUCAUACCAGUCUCAGCAAUAUUAGGCCAACAUACAAAUUUAACCAUUCUUCUUCAGCCUUCUAAGAUCAUGUAUUUUAAAAAUGAGUGAACGAAACAUUUUAUAUCGGUCUUGGACACAACACUCCAAUGGUCUUCUAAAGAUGCUUUGCCCGAUGAUUCAUAAAUAAGAAGUUUAUCUGAAAAUGUUUUGCAGUUGCAGCCUAUAAUUUUACUGAUAAGUGCAACAGAAUUAAGAAUUGCUGGUAAAACCAAGUUCACUAAUUUCAAACUUCAAAGGAAUUGAAGAGAGAAGGCACUGGUUUUUUGAGGUCAUUUUUCAGCUCUAACUUGGCUUUUGUAGAUCUUUAUAAGGUAAGGGCAGAUUUCAUUAGCAAAGUAUGCAUGUACCUUGUAUGCUGUCCCGUUGUACGGAAAACAAUUGAACAGUCCACAUUUUGCCUUAGAUCUAUAUAAGAAUACAGCUGUAUGUAGCUGUGUUCAACAAGUGCCAACAGAAUUAUAUCUUUCAGAAGAUUGUUCCUAAACUAAUUUUUAGCUUUUCUUCACAUUCCAUAGUAGAGUAGCUCAGGCAAAAUUCUGUAGGAAAACGACUUAGAGCUGAAGCAAGAAGAAAUUGAAUUUUCAUCUACAAAUUUUUAUUUUUAAUGUGCUCUAUGCAUCUGGAAACUGAAACUGUUGCUGCCUUAUGGAUAUCCUACACCCAUCCAGAAAGAUGCUGAAAAGAUGGGUCAUGCAUCUCCAUAAAGUAUCCACACAUUAUAGCCUUUGAAAAAGAGGAGCUUAGGAGGAUGCCUAACAGCAGCAUAACCCAGCAGAACCAUUCCUCCAAUGAGACACUGACAUACACUUCAGAGAGGCUCCGUACUGUUCUCAUAGCCCUGUACAUCAUCAACCUGGCUGGCGGCACCCUUGGGGUCAUCAUAAUGUCCCAUCGGCUGUUUCAAAGGAGAUCACGAUCUGUGAUGACCAUUAUCAUCAUCAGCCUCCUGGUGCUGCACACGUUUAUGCUACUCAGCAUCCCCUUCCGCCUCAGCUACUACAUUUUACAGGAGUGGAAAUUUGGGGGGUUCGCCUGCAAGCUAACAAGCGCCAUCGUCUACCUCCACAUGUACACCACCUUUGCGUUUUACGUGGUCAUCAUCAUAAUACGCCUCUUACGACUUGACUUUAAGAAGUGCUAUACUACAGCCUGUGUUUCUGCUAUCUGGCUGGUGGGUGUGCUGGUGAUCACACCUGUUUUUCUCUCAUAUUAUGGCACCUCUAAGAUAUAUCACUCCUCCAUAUGCUUUCAGUUCCACAAGGAGAUACACAAGACACCCAUGGUGAUCGCAAACUACUGCUUGGUUGGGAUUUUGGUGACAGUUUGUGCAGUGCUCACCGUAACCCAGGUGUCUGUGAUCUGUAGAUUGACUCUUAAAUACUGGCCUGACAUUAACUCCCAUGUGGAAUUUAGGGCUCAGGCAAAGAGUUUCUUCUUCAUCUUGAUAACAUUAGUGUGUUUUAUGCCUCAUCAUGUUUUCAGAGUAUAUUACAUCCAAAACUUUCACUUGGAUAAAGAUCAGCAUCUACUCCCAUACAAUGAAGUUUUUUUAGCUCUAACAACAAUGUGCUGCUUGGAUAUGUUGUGCUUCAUAGCAGGGAUUUCCCACUGAAUUGUGAACUAUCAGGAUAUCCAGCUGCAGGCUGUCGAUACCAGCUUUUGGCAGAAAUAAAGUUGUCAGGGCUUUGCUAAGCUAGGGAUACUGCUAAGUUUUCAGCACGGCUGUCUAGGUCUGUAGCAUUGUUUGCUUUUGUAGACCAGUAAGAUCCAUCUUUCAGAAGCUCUGUUUUUCAUCUUCUCUCUUGAAGACAGAUAUGUGAGCCUUACUCUAGUCUUUGACCUAAGAGUCGUGCCCUGAAGCUUCAUUAAGAUUUUCCUCAUCUGCCCCUCUCUAACCAUUACAGCAUGAACAUCCACUCCUUUCUACUUUUUUCCUCAAAGUGUCUGAGUAACAACAAUUCACUGUGGCCAACAAGUUGUUUACUCUGAAGUUCUAACAACUUCUGGCAAUAGUGAUACUGAGGGGAAGAGUCGGAAGAAAGAAAUUCCUUUACAGGAUUUUUGUAUUAAUGAUUUUAGGUAGCAAGUAUAUAAACUCUAUUCAAAUAAAAAGUAUUCAAGGCAUGAAACAGGGUAUGAAUGAAAUAUUGUAGUGGCAUAUUUCAGCAGAAAUUACUUUUCUUGACUUACACAAACUAUAUAUCAAAUAAUAUGGAAACAUCAUUCUCACAACUUCACCUUUAUUUGCUUCUAUCCAAAACCACAAGCAGCUCACUGAAUUGUGGUAAUCACACAUUUAGAGUGAGUGAGAGUGGAACAGGCCACACCUUUCAAAACUUCUGCCUCAUGUCAUACUUUCAUCAGGACUGGAUCUAUGCCUAUUUUCUCCUUAGGUCCAUUGUUGCCAAAGAAAUUUAAGUUACUGUGGUCCCAUAACUGUAUUUGGAAUUCAAAUCAACAGAUCUGGUCCUUUACUGAAGGACCAGACCUUUACUGAAGGACCAAUCGCUGUGUUGGAGAGGGAAAUAUUUCAUCAGCCUUCAAAAAAACUUUGGUCAUUUCAGUUGCCUGUUGAGUUAUUAUCAGAUGCCAUAUUUUUUCCAUUUGCUCAUGUAACAAAGAAAAAUGAGAAUAAAAUAACUGGAUUGUGUUUAAUCAGUUCAACAUAUGUUCAAAUAAGUGUAUACAAACUUGUGCUGAAGUAUGUAUUUUCUCCAUUAAAAGGAUUAUAUUUUUGGGGAACCACAUCCAUUCCAGGAAACUCUGUUUUAUCUUAAUUAUGCAAAGUAUUUUUCAUGAUUGCAUUCUGCUUGUUCUGAUCAGUUCAACAUGCCUUUAACCCUCCUGCUGAAGACCAUACUGUCAAUUGCUGCAUCCCAACAGCUUGAGGCCAGAUCUCCCACCUGGACUUCCAGGAGUCACACAAGAGUAUGCUUCCUCCUUCAGAGCCCCAUAAGUCGCUGUAAUUUUUAGUCUGGCAAUCUUUGCUCCAGAAGUGCUAUGAUCUCUGGAUUCAAACAGGUCAAAACUUGAUUUGGGAGGGUUAAAAAGUUACAUCUAUAAAGUAAUGCUAGCAAUGCUUCAGAUUGAUGGCAUAUAUUUGAAUGGAAGAGCUUACAUCUACUUUAUCAACCCUGAAUAAAUGCUUUUGUCUUUCAAUUUCCACAAAAAGAAACUUUAUUGAGAACUCCCUACAGUUCCAGAAUCCUUUCUGCCUCUUUUAAAAAGUGGGAGCAACAAGUCCUGAAGUCUUCUGAAACCCCUGCCAUUACAACUUCCUCUAAUGUUACGAAGUCCAUUCCUGUUCAUACAAUACAGUUUGAUUGGCUCAGGAUAUUCAGAGAUAACAGCCAGAGGUACAAUACAAACCAACAGAAAUGAAUGCAAAGGGACAGGCUUUUAAAACAGAUGAAUAGCUCUCAAACCAGUAGUUUUUUGAAUCCUUCUCCAGACAGGACACAGCAUAUGUAGCUGUUAAGAAAGCCAGGGUGCCUCAAGGUGAAAAAUCUUAAAUAAAGCACUAAUAGUUCAGGAGAGUUUUGAGGAAAGAAUUGGGAUAAGUUGACUGUACCAAAGUCUUUAGGAAAUCUGGCAGAGCUGUAAGAAGAGUAACAAGUACAUUGUUUUUCCUUUCU